AAAUAGCAUGUUUGAAAUGAUGAAUGAAAUGAAAUUCACCUGACAUUCAACGCACGCCAUCUCUGUCAUUCUCCCUCCUUCCCUUCUCUCUUUCUCUCUCAGUUUUGAUUUACAAAGUAGAAAGAGAGGAAUUAGAAAAAGGAAGAGAAACAGAAUCGCUUCCAAUUUUAGAAUUGGUAGCUCACUCCAACCAAAAGCAACAACAAUACAACACCUUCCCCCGUCAAUCGGUUCUGAUUUCCUCGGCGGCGGGCGAUGGCGGAAGCGGAAGAGCACCGCCGCGGCGCUGAGGGAAGUAGCAACAGCCCUGACCCUGACUCGCUGAAGAACACGCCUUCCAACAUUGCGAGGCUUGAAGACGUGAUCGAGCAUUCAAAAGCAAGGCACAAGUAUCUUGCUCAGACUUCUAGCCCCUCCGAUGGCGGUGACGUUAGGUGGUACUUCUGCAAGAUCCCUCUCGCUCCCAACGAGUUGGCAGCCUCAGUCCCGAGCACAGAGAUAGUGGGGAAGAGUGAUUAUUUUCGUUUCGGCAUGAGGGAUUCUCUGGCAAUUGAAGCAGCAUUCUUGCAGAGAGAGGAAGAGUUACUCUCUAGUUGGUGGAGAGAAUAUGCAGAAUGUAGUGAAGGCCCAAGACAGCGACAAAGUACCAGUACAAAUUUAGAUAAGCAGCACAAUGAAUCUUUGCUGGAGCGAAAAAAGUCGUUUCAACUUUUUGAAAUUGAGGAAGAGAGAGUUGGUGUCCCUGUAAAGGGAGGACUCUAUGAGGUGGAUUUGACAAAGAGACAUUGUUUCCCAGUUUACUGGAACGGAGAAAAUAGACGUGUUCUAAGAGGCCAUUGGUUUGCUCGUAAAGGCGGGCUCGAUUGGCUACCAAUUCGUGAAGAUGUUGCUGAACAACUAGAGAUUGCUUAUCGUACUCAGGUUUGGCAUCGUAGAACAUUUCAACCUUCAGGUCUAUUUGCAGCUCGAGUUGAUUUGCAAGGCUCCACACCAGGUCUGCAUGCACUUUUCACAGGAGAAGAUGAUACCUGGGAUGCCUGGCUAAGUGUCGAUGCUUCUGGCUUUUCUAGUUUUGUUAGUUUUAGCAGAAAUGCAAUCAAACUAAGACGUGGUUACUCGCCGUCAGAUUCAGCAAAACCAACCCAGGAUGAAUUACGGCAACAGAAGGAGGAGGAGAUGGAUGAUUACUGCUCACAGGUCCCUGUUCGACACUUGGUAUUUAUGGUUCAUGGAAUUGGUCAAAGGCUGGAAAAAUCUAAUUUGGUUGAUGAUGUGGCAAAUUUUCGGCAUAUUACAGCAAGGCUUGCAGAACAGCAUCUUACUCAUCACCAACGUGGCACUCAAAGGGUCCUCUUUAUACCAUGCCAGUGGAGAAAAGGUUUGAAGCUUAGUGGUGAAACAGCUGUUGAGAAAAUAACUCUCGAUGGGGUUCGCGGCUUGCGUGUUAUGCUGAGUGCUACUGUUCAUGAUGUUUUAUACUACAUGAGCCCAAUAUACUGUCAAGACAUAAUUGACUCGGUAUCUAACCAACUGAAUCGAUUAUAUCUGAAGUUUCUCAAGAGGAAUCCUGGAUAUGAUGGAAAGAUUUCUUUAUAUGGACAUUCUCUGGGAAGUGUCCUUUCAUAUGAUAUCCUCUGCCAUCAAAAUAAUCUGUCCUGCCCUUUUCCAAUGGAUUGGAUGUUCAAGGAGCAUGCUAAAAACGGGGAAUCACUUCCUGAUGAGCAAGACAGUCAUUUUCACCAUUCAUCAAUCAAUAAGGACGACACUUUGAACACAGUGAACCCCUCCAAUGAAAAGAACAGUAUGCAGCAGAUCAUUCCCGAAGUAGAGAAAGAAAAUUCAGAGGAAUCGUUAGUUUCAGUUCCUGCCUCAUCAAGUGAGCACAUCACUGCUGAAACUGAUGCUCCUAAACCAAGUAAUGAGGGAGAUGUUUCUGAGUUCCUUUCUUAUUCUAGUGACAUGCCUUCGGAGACAUUCAAUGGGUUGGAUAAGUCUGAGAGCGCGAAUGUUGGGCUAUUGGCAAAGAGAUUGUCUGAGGAAGAAUGUCAGGGUACAGAGAACAAAGAUGAAGUAAUCAAGAAGCUCAUGAAAGAGAUUGAUUCAUUGAGAGCCUCUCUAGUCAAAAUGGAAUCACGAGGUGCAGGGCAUAUUGAAGAGUUGCAACCUGUGCAACAGUUACCUGAAGGGUUAUCUACACCACAAGAUGAAUCAAAGAGUUAUACCCCAUAUAUCAAGUACACAAAGCUUCAUUUCAAGGUUGACACCUUCUUCGCUGUUGGAUCCCCUCUUGGUGUAUUUCUUUCUCUCCGUAAUAUCCGAAUUGGCAAUGGCAGAGGUCAAGAAUAUUGGGAGCAGGAAAAUAUAAUCGAAGAAAUGCCAGCUUGUCGUCAGAUGUUCAACAUUUUUCACCCCUACGAUCCAGUUGCAUACAGGAUAGAGCCACUUGUCUGUAAAGAAUACAUUGGCAAACGUCCUAUUUUGAUUCCGUAUCACAAAGGAGGAAGAAGGUUGCAUAUUGGAUUUCAGGAAUUUACUGAAGAUUUGGCAGUUCGCACUCAAGCAGUGAAGAAUUAUCUGAAUUCUGCAACGGUUAAGGUCCUCACAGUUUGUCAAUCGACAAGCAUGGACAACCAAGAAGAUGAAAAUCCAGAAGUGGAGGAAGAGCCAUCAUAUGGGUCUUUGAUGAUGGAGAGGUUGACAGGAAGCAAGGAUGGACGAAUUGAUCACAUGCUACAGGAUAAGACAUUCGAGCAUCCAUAUCUGCAAGCCAUUGGAUCACAUACAAACUAUUGGCGGGAUUAUGACACUGCUCUUUUUAUAUUGAAACAUUUGUAUCGAGAUAUACCAGAAGACCCCAACUACUCGGAUGCAUCAGGCAUAGGCACCUCAAAGUACGAGAGUGGUUCUACUGGCUGGUUUGAUAGGAGAGAGACUGUUGAGGAAGAAGUUCCCUUGACAUUCUCUGACAAGGUAAUGGUGAGAAACUUCUCAAGCAAGGCUAGAAGGAUUAUACAGAAGCGCACACCUUCUAGUUUCUAAAUAAAUGCAAGGCUAGAGAUGUAACUGCAUCAAAUCACUGCUUUGUGAAUGUGGCACAUGCUGAUACGAGCAUUGCUCUCAAUCAUUCAUCCGUAGUUGCUGUUAAUGCCUCUAACAAUGUAAUUGCAAUUGUGUAAUUGUCAAAGAGUGUACACUAGAAGUAGAAGGAUUCAUCAUCUUAGAGUUGUCCGAUAUGGCUGACUAGUGUAGUGGUGAAUUGUUCCAUUCUCCAAUGUACAUAGGAGGAGAAAAGAGCGGGGAAAGUCAUACUUGUACCUUUUGUUUACGAACUGUAUAAUCAUGGUCCUUAGAACAAAUUGCUAUAUAAUGAAAUGAUUGUUCUUCACUGUGUACACUUAAA